CAUUCUAUGAGAAAUUUAAAUAAGAUCACAAUAAAUCCAUAUGAAGCCAAAUUAGCCACAAGGGGCGCACUUACUUUCCCUGGCAACCAACCUCAGCCUCAUUACGAGCAGUUUCUUCUUAACGGAUUUUCUGACACGUAACCUUAAAGUCAUGGCGGGCACUGUGCUUAAACACCAAGCAAACCAACUUCUCCACAACAAAUUUGUUGUGAUUUUGGGCGACUCAAUUCAGAGGUCGGUUUACAAGGACUUGGUUUUAAUCUUGCAGAAAGACGCAUAUUUAAGCUCUUCACAGCUGAGAAGCAAGGGUGAGUUUUCUUUUGAAAAGGACACUUUAGUUGAGGGUGGACGACUUGCUUCGAUGAACAACGGGACGGCAUACCGAGAAGUGCGUCAAUAUCGUAGCGACCAUCAUUUGGUCCGGUUUUAUUUUGUGACUCGGAUCUUUUCGCACUACAUGGAAAGCAUCCUGGCGGACUUUGAGCGUGGCAUAAAACCAGACUUGGUAAUAGUCAAUUCAUGUGUGUGGGAUGUGUCCAGGUACGGCCGUAAUUGGGAUUCAGAAUACAGGGCUAACUUGAACAAAUUCUUCAGGCAGCUUAAGGCUGUUUUGCCAGAGGAAAGCCUCAUUGUCUGGAACAUGGCCAUGCCCCUCGGCAAAAGGAUAGUGGGAGGUUUCCUGGUUCCGGAGAUACAGGACAAGGGUCCAUCAUUAAGAUUUGAUGUGAUUGAGGCAAAUUUCUACGGAGCCACGUUAGCUGAUGACUUCGGAUUUGAUGUACUGGACAUGCAUUUCCAGUUUCGCUUCAGCCUGCAUCUCCGUACCAACGACGGAAUUCACUGGAACGCAGUCGCCCACCGGAAGAUAACAUGCUUGCUGCUUGAGCAUGCUGCACAGGCAUGGGGAGUGGAACUAUCAAGCCCUGGUGAGCUUAAAACAGAUCAUGCUGUGCCUCAGAGCCAUAUCCAGCAAACUUCUUCAAGCAGUCUUGUAGGAAACAAACAAGUCCUGUUUUCAACAGGUUCUCGCAGUGACCAGAGAUGCUUUAAAGUACCCAUGCAGCCUGUGAACCACUACAACAAUGGUGGCAUUGUUUACCGUCAUCCCCCCGGUCCAGCAUUCAGACAAGGGCAACUAAUGGGGCAAUAUAAUGGCUUCGCACCAAUUUUCUACAGGGAUGAUCUACCUCCACCCUUCACUCCAGGUCAUCCAAAUUUGAGUGCUGCCCCCUAUUGGCCAGUGAACAACUUUGUCAUGAAGCAAAGAAACAGAAGACCAUAUAAUCCGUAUCCACGACAGAAGCCACGCCACCUCUAGAUAAAUAAAUUCAGUUGAAACUGUGUAGCUGGGUGUAAUAAAUAUAGCUGUUCUUUAAACUUAAGUAUUUUAAGGUACUCCACUCAGUCUGCAUAAAAUGUUGGCCAUAUUGGUUGUUUGCUAGUUUCUCUUGUUAUGAGAGCUGUGUAUAUUGUAUAGCCAACAUUCAGAUGUUUUUAUCUUUUGUUUGAAAUAUGUUUUUUUUUUUUUU